AUGUUCAAGUCGACUUUGGUUCUGCUCAUCGGCUCUUCCAUGAGCGGUCUGGCGAUAGGCUACACCCUCCGAUUCAAAAAUAAUUGCCCCUUCACUGUCUGGCCGGCGGUUGGCAAAGCUCCGAAUGGGCAACCUGACCCAUCCGUGGCUUACGGCGCCAGACUCGAUCCAGGUGGCUCGAGUCAAUUUGGAGUUAAUGACGGAGAGAUAGGAAUUCGUUCUUGGGGUCGUACUGGUUGUGACGGCGGUGGCGGCAAUUGCGCAACCGGGGCGUGCAACGGUGGACUUGUAUGCACCGACGGAGGGAUAACUUCAGGAGUUUUGCUCGGUGAAUACGGCUACCAACAGUUUGGUAACGUCAUCUCUUGGGACCUCUCCCGAGUUGAUGGCUCGAUCAAUAUUGAUACAUCCAUCAACAACGGCGGUAACGUCAAAACGUGCAGACAAAGCAAUUGUCCAUCCGAUCAAGCUUUUGCCCAGCCCAACGACUUCCAAGCAGUCACCACCAGCCCCGUUGGGUCUACUUUCGAUAUCACUUUCUGUCCAUGA